AUGUCACCAAGUACCACUCCUGCCGGAGCCGUCGAAGUGGGAAGGCGAGUCCGAGCCCGGCAGGGGCCCGGGCGGCCGGGGGGCGGGCAGCCGAGCCGCGGGCCAGGGUCCCGGGGCGCGGCGGGGGGCGGGGGGCGGGGGCCGGCGGCUGCAAGGCGGCCUGCAGGGAGCAGCCGCGAGCCGGCCUGGCGCGCAGAUCCAGAGCCUGAGCCCCAGCCCGAGCGGGGCGGAGGAGGGAGGAGCCAGAGCGGCCGCCGCCUCUGCCGGAGGAGCCGCGGGGCCGCCACACUCGCCCCCCGCCCCCCCGCGCUCACUCGCUCUCACACCCGGGCGCUGGAGGCGGGCGGCCCGGGCCCCACCGGCCCCCCAUGGACGCCCCCGGUACGGGGCGCUGAGACCCCAGCGUUGUUGCCCAGCCCGGUCCAGCGCGCCACGCCGAGGCCGGGCCCCGCUGCCGGAGCUCCCCCGCCCGCCGCGCCGCGGUUUGUUUACGGUGCGCCGGAGGACUGCCCCCACCAGCCCCCACCCCUAGCCUCGGAGGCCGAGUGGCCUUUGCAAAAGCUGCCUCCAGCUGCGGAGGGCAGU